AUGGUGAUGACGAAUCAUAAAUUGAGUGCAACUUUUGCUGCCGCUUACCAUGAUUGCAAUCCCGAUGUCCUGCUAUCCGGUCUUGGAUUCGGCUUUGGAGACCAUCUAGAAAGUACCUGGGGCGAGGCCACGUCUGGCGGCACCGCGCUCUUCCUUGCGAUCACUCACCAGAAUCGCGGCCAGUUUGAACUGUCGCUUGAACACGGUGCGAAUUUUCGCGCUGUUGACACGGCUGGUCACGAUGCCCUGCUGCGAGCGUGUGAGGAAACAGAUGAUCUGUUCUACAUCCAAAGGCUAGUUAAGGCAGGAGCUUCAUUAACGGAAACUGGGACACAUCCAAGAGCUGCGUUCAUGGUCGCCGUGCAGAAUGGCAACUUUAAGACUGCACGCUGGCUUUACGACCAGGGCUUUGACAGAGAUGAAUUCCAUCCAGGCAGAGGGCGGGAAUCGUAUACAACUCUUGGUCUUUUGCUCAAGAAGCACACCCGGGGCACUGAGAAGCGCAUUCGAUUCAUUCUCAGCCUUCCCGACCGAGGAAGCGAUGGAUUCAUCGUGCUCCGCCACCAUGAUCCUGAUGAGGAGUUCUCCGCUUUUCAUUGUUCGAUUCACAUCACUAGCGAAGAUCCGGAGGAUGCCGAAACGACGAAGCUAAUUGUCUUCACGCUUUUACAAAAAUAUAACCAACCUCAUCAGCUCGACCAUUGCCAGUCGAGCAGUUGGAGCUCGCCGCUAAGUAUGGCCACCCUGGUUGGAAACUACAAAGUCGUCCGUGCUCUUCUUGAAGGGGGGGCUUCCGUUGAUACAGCUGACAAACAAGGGAGCACGCCGCUGGACAAAGCAUAUAAACGAGAUUGCUACCCCGAGCACAACACUGCUUUCCAUUGGGUAGACGUCGCGGAUAUGCCGGCGGUUAGGCACACCCUCGACUUUAUAAAUGGCAAUACAGCUGAGAUUUUGUCGCUGUUAGCAGGCUAUGGGGCGGAAUCUAUCUCUUUUGAGUGGCCGUUCUGGCACGAGAUUAAACCUGGAUACCGCGGGAUAGAUUGGGUUUUAGAAAAGCUAAGGGUAAUAGAGCAAGAAAGGUCUGAGCGAGAAUCGAGCACGUUAGCGCUUAUAUUAUUGAGGGUCCGAUCCGCGGAGCUUUUCCAUUUGAGGUUCUGCGGUUAUAACCACACUAGUCUAUUUCUAGUGUUUGCUGUCUAUCGCCCAAACUCCAAGAUGUAUCGAUUUUGCUGUCAAAAAGUUGCCUUUUACGAUAAGGUAGACAUUGCACAUAACCCAAUUUAA